UGCCUUCGUUGUCGAGUUCGUCCGUUGGGAGUGCUUUGCUAGGAACGGCAAGUAUGAGCCUGAAUCUGCAAGUAACUCUUAGCCACCGUUUACCACGCACCACAGACCGUCUCGUUCACAUAAUCAUCAAGUUGAACAUAUCUGCCGAAGGAUCAUCAAAACGCGCACUUCGUAAUGGUGAGCACGCGAAGCAAAGGGAAUGGCGAGAAGCCGGCGACGGAUGGGAAGGGAAACGUGAAGCUGGACAGCGUGAUGCAGAGCAAAGGCGGUCGUAGAUCUUCCGAGGAGCAGCAGGAUUCAGGCAAGUCUGAGCAGAGCGCGGGAGCAAAACGACGGCAGGAGGAUGAAGAGCAAGAGGCUAAGCAGGAAAAGGCGCAAAAGAAACAACGUGGAGCGUCUGCCGCUUCUGAUGAACAUGCGACUGGAGACUCGCAAAAGGCGCAGGAGGUUCCGCAGCCUGCUCAGGAUGCUAAGCUGUCGCCGGGCAAGGAAGAUACCGGCGCAGGACAGGACGACGCGCCUUGGGAGGUGCUGGAAAAGGGACACGUCUUUUUCUUCUACAGACCCAAAGUCAAGAGUGCGCAUGAGGUGGAUCAAUCGGGUAAAGCUGCAGAGUGUUUGGAUGAUGUUCAAAAUGCGCACAUGCUGCUACUGCCCCACGCCAGUCGAUCCGAGACUGCUGGAGCAGAUGCUACCAAAGAUUCUACCGGAUCCGGCGUUCAGGGCGGGACAAAUGGUCAACAAAAUGCACCUGCAGGUACGACGGGGGACAAGGCCAAGCAAGAUGGUGUCGGCUUCAGAGUAGUGCGGUUGGGAAAGAAGAGACUUCCAGCGCCCGAAGUGGCCAUCGCGAAUGGACAGCAGCCCGGUGGCAUUGGCGGCGACGCUAGCGAGACCGUGUGGUCGGUCGUUGCGGAUGUUGGGCCCGAUCCAGCUGUCCUAUCUGGUUCGAUGGGCGAGCAGCGGUACAAUACCAGGACGCAAGGCGAGAGGGUGGUAGGCCCGAGCAGACCAGCAGGACGUGGGUGGUAUGCUCUCUCGCUUCACAAGUCUGAACCGCCCUCAUCGCGCGAAGUCAGAUUAUCAUUCUCUAUUUCUCAUCCGUCUGAGGACGAAUUUGGUGACGUUCAAUCUCAGCUCGGUCUGACGCCUAGCGGAAGCUUCAGCCUUUCCAUGAGGAACCCCACGUUGCCUUCUACGGGCGCUGGUGCUCCACCCGCAGGCUUGGACGAAUCUGCUCGCGUGCAAAUGAGCGAAAAGGAGAUUCAGGACACGUUCGGAGGCGAUGCGGAGGGCAAAGGAACAAGAUACGCUAGACCUGAACAGAUCGAGUUGUUGGACAGGGAAGGUGUAGAGUUGCUUCUGAUUCGCGAGGCUGCUCAGACCUCCAAGGGAGGCGCAAAGACGGGCACUGGCGAAGAGCAGGCCAAGGCUUUGGAAGAGCUUGCAGCUGCCGACGCCGAUCGUCUCAGCACGCAUGAUGUGCUGGCACAGCUCAAAAUGACUGCGAAGAGUAACCCGCCAAACGCCUUGGAGGGGCAAUGGGUCUAGGGUUGAGAGGAGGGACGUGGAAGAUUGUGUGCGUGGAAGCAUAUCCAUGCUCCUUCUUCAGCUUGGGAUUGCUGAUGACGUGCUGUGCUUUCAGAGCGCGAUCUAGGCAAGCCACCUCUCACUUCUCCGCCUUGAUCUUUGAAGCUUUUCCUCUGCACUUCAAAGAGCGCUCAUCCAGCUCUACCAAAUUCGCUUUUCCGUCCAAGAUCGCAUGUCCUAGCUCUAUGCAUUCUCGCAACUGUUCUUGCGUGAGCUGAUGAAUGGCCGG